CAUGAUUUCCCGCCACCAGAGUGAGUAGGGCAGACGGUUCAGUCACAAAUAUCUCAAAUUCACCAUAUCCACUUUCCACAAGUGCCGAGUCAUAAUCCCUCAACGCCUUUCUCUCCCCUGCCAUUUUCCCUCCAAUUUCAUCACAUCAUUGCCCGUUCGACCUUGGAUGAGCAUUAACCCUAGAUCCAUUUGAACCCACAGAGAUGGCCGGCCAAUCUGAUCCCCACCAAUCACUCUUCUCUGCCGAAGAGGUCGAGUUCAUUGCAGAGGACGAGAUGGUCGAGAUCGUCCCCAAUCUCAGAAUGGACGCUCUCAAUUUCAUUUGUGGGGAUUAUGGUCCAUUUUUUCCACAAAUAGCAGCACAGGUGCCGCUGUGGCUAGCGGUGGCUUUGAAGAAGAGAGGGAAGUGCACCAUUCGACCUCCACUGUGGAUGUCAGUUGAAAAGUUGACUCAGGUUUUGGAAGCAGAACGGGAUUCUCAACGAGUGUUUGAACAACUUCCGUUUCAUUAUGUGGAAGUCUCAAGACUUCUUUUUGACCAUGCACGUGAUGACAUUCCAGAUGUGUAUAUGGUGAGGUCUCUUAUUGAGGAUAUCAGGGAUGUGAGGUUUCAUAAAGUUGAGACUAAUUUAGAGACACUUAACGAGCGUGCACUUGCUUUGAAGAUUAACAAUCUAUCUGCGAUGGAAGUAAAUAUAGUUCGCCCCUUUAUUGGGAGAGCUCUACAGGCAUUUUAUAAGCAUGAUAGUCCAGAGCUAAUACCAGAUCAAGAGAGAAUUUCUGAUAGACGGCCACAAGUAGCUAAUAAUGCAGCAAGACGGCAUCUGCGGCGAUAACUUCAUCUUCUCUACUCACCUUCUAUCUCAAUUAGAAACAACAAUUUCAACCAGCUAACUUGGAGGUAUAGCUGUGCUCUUUGGAUAAAAUUUCCAGCAGAAUCUUUGACAGUGCUCUGCUCUUUGUUAUUAUGAAAUAGCAAUAGCUUUUGAAUUCAACCCUUUAUUUGGUUGUAUGCUUCUUCUUCUUCUCUUUUUUUUUUUUUUUCUUAAUUAGUUAUGAAAAUUCUGAUACAGAUUUGUCUUGGUCCUGCUAUAUUUUUGUCUAAUAAAAUUAAAUGGUCUUAA